AGAGGAAUAUAACAUUUGAAAAAUUUGUUCUGGUGAAUUAUUAGAGGAGUGGAGGCUAGCAGCAUCCCUGGAAAUGAUGAGGACUCACUCCUUUCUGACAGUUUUGCUUUGGAGCUGUGUGUUUUAUGUGAUUCAUAUGACGCCAUCCCAGAAAAGGACUAACAAGCACUCACACAGUGAAAGGAUAACAGGAUUGUCAGAGAAUGAUGGAAAAACACUGCACCGCACCAAGCGUGGUUGGAUGUGGAAUCAAUUUUUCUUGCUGGAGGAGUACACAGGUCCAGAUACCCAGUACGUGGGCAAGCUACACACUGACCAAGAUAAAGGAGAUGGAAAUUUAAAAUACAUAUUAACAGGAGAUGGGGCUGGCAGUCUGUUCAUUAUAGAUGAAAAUACAGGAGAUAUUCAUGCUGCAAAGAAAUUGGACAGAGAAGAAAAGUCCCUGUAYGUGCUACGUGCCAAGGCUAUAGACAGAAAAACUGGAAGACAAGUGGAGCCAGAGUCUGAAUUUAUCAUUAAAAUCCAUGAUAUCAAUGACAAUGAACCGAAAUUCACCAAGGAYAUGUACACCGCCAGCAUUCCGGAGAUGUCUGGAGUUGGCAUCAUCAAGACUGCUUUACCGGACAUGAGCAGAGAAAACAGGGAGCAGUACCAAGUGGUCAUCCAGGCCAAGGACAUGGGAGGMCAGAUGGGAGGACUGUCAGGAACCACCACYGUGAACAUCACUCUGACCGAUGUCAACGACAACCCACCUCGCUUCCCCCAGAGCACCUACCAGUUCAGCUCUCCUGAAUCUGCGCCACCCGGGACUCCUCUUGGCAGAAUUAAAGCCAAUGACCCCGAUGUGGGAGAAAAUGCAGAGAUUGAGUAUAGCAUCUCCAAUGGGGAUGGAUCAGACAUGUUUGAUAUCAUCACUGACAAGGACACACAGGAAGGGAUUAUAACUGUCAAAAAGCCUCUGGAUUUUGAAAACAAGGUGUUAUAYACCCUAAGAGUAGAAGCAACCAACACUCAUCCUGAUCCUCGUUUUCUUCAGCUGGGRCCAUUCAAAGACACGGCUUUGGUCAAAAUUUCUGUUGAAGACACUGAUGAACCUCCAGUGUUCAGCAGACCCUGGUAUUUAAUAGAGGUAGAUGAAGACGCCAAGGAAGGAAGCAUUAUUGGGCAYGUUGUAGCCCAAGAUCCAGAUACAGCAAAGAAUGCAAUAAAAUAUUCUGUAGAUCGACACACUGACCUUGACAGAAUAUUCAACAUCUAUUCAGGAAAUGGAUCUUUAUUCAUCUCAAAGCCACUUGACCGAGAAGAAACUCCUUGGCACAACAUCACUGUCAUAGCAACUGAAAUCAAUAAUCCUAAACAAAGUAGCCAGAUACCUGUCUUCAUACGGAUUUUAGACAUAAAUGAUCAUGCACCAGAGUUUGCCAACUACUAUGAAACAUUUGUUUGUGAAAAUGCAAAAGCAGGACAGCUCAUCCAGACUGUGAGUGCAACUGACAAAGAUCAGCCUCCUCGAGGACACAAAUUUUUCUUUGAGUUGGUGCCAGAAUUUGCUGCUCAUCCAAACUUCUCUGUUGUAGACAACAAAGAUAACACAGCAGGAAUUAUGACUAGGAGAAAUGGAUACAGCCGUAGCAAGACAAGUACAUAUCUUYUGCCAAUCAUAAUAUUUGACAAUGACUACCCAGUCCAGAGCAGCACAGGCACRCUGACCAUCCGCGUGUGCGCCUGUGACAGCCGGGGGAACAUGCAGUCCUGCAGCGCCGAGGCUCUGCUCCUCCCUGCYGGCCUCAGCACGGGGGCUCUGGUUGCCAUCCUCCUCUGCAUCAUUAUCCUGCUGGUUUUAGUUGUCUUGUUUACGGCUCUCAAGAGGCAGAGGAAGAAAGAACCCUUGAUUAUCUCAAAGGAUGAUGUUCGGGACAAUAUUGUGACCUAUAAUGAUGAAGGAGGUGGGGAAGAAGACACCCAGGCUUUUGACAUUGGCACACUGAGAAAUCCAGAAGCAAGGGAGGAAAGCAAGAUGAGAAGAGAUGUUAUCCCAGAAACAAUUUUUCAGAUAAGGCGGACUGCACCUCUUUGGGAAAACAUCGAUGUCCAGGAUUUUAUUCAUAGAAGGUUAAAGGAAAAUGAUUUAGACCCAGCUGCCCCUCCUUACGAUUCGCUAGCAACGUAUGCCUAUGAAGGAAAUGAUUCCAUAGCAAAUUCACUCAGCUCCCUGGAAUCACUUACCACAGAAGGCAACCAAGACUAUGAUUACCUCAGUGACUGGGGACCUCGGUUCAAAAAACUAGCAGAUAUGUACGGUGGAGAGGACAGUGAUCGAGACUGAGAAAGUAAUCUGUGACCUGGUCAGUGUUAGUGGAAUUCAUGUCUAUGUUCCUAGAUAAAGUGGCCUACUCUCUCUUGCUUGAGAAAAAAAAAAAAUACAAAAAAUAGGUGUUGUCUUAGUAAGGGUUUGCUUAAUCAAUAAGUCAAUGUG